UGUGUGUGUGUGUGUGUGUCUCCUGCUUUGCUCUCCGGUGUGAGUCUCUCUCCAUGCCAGUCCCUCUCUCUCUCUCCUCCCUCUCUCCCUCUCUCUCUGUAUCUCUCUAUCACUCUCUCGGAUCGGACCGGACGCACGCAAUGGACUCAGACGGAACUCAGAACGGCUCGGAUUCCCCGCACGACCCCUGUAAAAUGUUUAUCGGAGGUCUGAGCUGGCAGACUACUCAAGAGGGCCUCAAGGAUUAUUUCUGUAAAUUCGGUGAGGUGAAGGAGAGCAUGGUGAUGCGAGAUCCAGUUACGAAGCGUUCCAGGGGAUUUGGGUUCGUCACGUUCGCCGAUCAGGCCGGUGUGGAUAAAGUUCUGGCUCAAACCCGACACGAGCUUGACUCCAAAACGAUCGAUCCGAAGGUGGCGUUCCCUCGCCGCGCACAGCCUAAGCUGGUAACGAGGACAAAGAAGAUCUUUGUGGGCGGAUUGUCGGUGAACACCACCAUCGAUGACGUGAAGCAGUACUUCGACCAGUUUGGGAAGGUGGACGACGCCAUGUUAAUGUUCGAUAAAACCACCAACAGACACAGGGGUUUCGGCUUUGUGACGUUCGAGAACGAGGACUUGGUGGAAAAGGUGUGUGAGAUCCACUUCCACGAGAUCAACAAUAAAAUGGUGGAGUGUAAAAAGGCUCAGCCUAAGGAAGUGAUGUCACCGGCCGGCUCCUCCAGGGGACGAGCGAGGGUCAUGCCCUAUGGCAUGGACGCCUUCAUGCUGGGGAUCGGCAUGCUGGGUUAUCCAGGCUUCCAGGCAGCAACGUACACUGGCCGCAGUUACACCUCUAUCACUCCCGGAUACACAUAUCAGUUCCCAGAAUUCCACUUAGAGAGGACCCCCCUCCUGACUUCACCCCACCCUCCCGAACUUACAGCUAUCCCUCUGACAGCGUAUAACCCGAUGGCGGCGGCAGCAGCCGCAGCAGCCGUGGUUCGAGGCUCCGCCCCCUCUCGCUCUGCUGGCUUUCUGAGCACCAGCAGUCCUGGACCAAUGGCAGAGCUUUACGGAACAGCCAGCCAGGAAUCCACAGUGAGCAGUUACAUCAGCGCUGCAAGCCCCGCCCCCAGCACCGGCUUCAGCCACAGCCUCGGGGGUCCUCUGAUCGCUACAGCGUUCACCAACGGCUAUCACUGAAACUGCAGAAGAAUGGACGAGCCAAUCACGCGCUUCCAUGGAGAACAAAUACACUAGUGUUUCCUGUGUUUCUCUUACAUCACUUCCUGUACUAACACUGUCUGUGUCCCGCUCUUAACAGAAGGACAUGUAAAUAUUUUAUUUCUGAUUCGAAGGAAAAGCUUUUGCGUUUUUAUCUUUGAAAUAUUUUCAUUCUUCCUGUUGUUUUUUUCUCCCUUCCUGACCGACAUGUUGUUUCCGUUCGUUUCGUGUCGUCGUUUGUGUUUUUUUUCUCUCUUGAGACGCUGUAGGUUUACAAUCGUAGCCUCUUUUUUUUUUUUUUUUUUAAUUGUCAAAAUGCUAACGGGAGCAAUAACACGUGUCCUGAGCAGGCGCGUGGCCACGUUCAUCCUUUACACUUUUAUACCGAGCUCGCUGCUCGCUAGUUUUAUAUGCUAAUAAUGCUAAUAAAGUCUACGGCCUAAAAUCAUUUCAGAAUUCCUGUCAGGUUUGCGCAUGUUAGCCAGCUAGCUAGCAUUAACAAUAAACAGUCCAAACGUUUAAAACGUUCCCCUCAAAUUCUGUCACGCUAGCUACAAAUUUCAGUCAUUUCAGUCAUUUCCUACUGCUAGCAGAGUAUUAUAAACAUUAAGAAACACACUACUAAGAACUCACCAUUCCUCUCAGAAAUCCAGCUAGCUAGCAUUAGCAGUGAAUUUUUACAUCUUUAAAUCUUCUCAGAUUACACUUCAGAUGGCUAGAUAGUUAGCUCGCAUUAUCAAGGUGGAUUAAUCCUUUCACAAACAUUAGCUGAUGUUAACUAGCAUCUGUUAGCAGUAAAGAUGAUUGAUAAUAACUUUAAAGUUCCUCUCAGAAAUCCUGUCAGGUUCCUGUCUUGUGUUAUUUAGCAGUAAAAAAUGUAAAAUAUGAUCAUGUGACUUGAAAUUCCUCUCAGAACUCCUAUCCAGUUAGCUGAUAGCAUGUUAGCUAGCUAGCCCAUGUUAGCAGUUAAGAUGUAAAUAUUUACACCUGGUGUUAAUUAGCUAGCAUUAAAGGUUCAAAGUAUAACUGGCUUCCUUUCAGAAGUCCUGUUAGGUUAGCUGCGGUUGUGCUAAUUAGCUAGCUAAUGUCCCAGUUAGCAGUGAGGAUGAGGAAUGUUUAUACACGUGAUUAAUAAAAUCCUGUCAGGUGAUCUGAAGCUGAAGUUGGCUAGCUAGCAUCAGCUGUAAAGAUCAUGUAACAUAAAAUUUUUCUCAGAUGUUCGCAUACUAGCCACAGUUAGCACUGAAGGUGAUUUUGUACACGUGAUUUUAAAAAAUCCUGUUAGGUGAGCUAACUCUGGAACAAGCUAGCUCGUCAUGAUCAAGUACCGCAAAAUUUCUUCCUGGAAUCCUGUCAGGUUAGCUGAGGUUAUGUUAGCUAUCUAGCUGUACUUAGCAGGAUGAGAAGCAUUUAUUUUUUUAAUAAAUCCUGUCAGGUUAGCUUCCUAGCUAGCAUCGAUUGUAAAGAAUAUGUAGCGCAAACAUUUUCUGUCAAGUUAGCUGCUUGUUAGCUAGCUGGCUAGCGGAGGCCAUGUGGCAUUAGCGUGGUGACGGCCUGACCUCGUCCUGACCGCUCGAUACGAAGCAUUUUUCAGAUGCUAAUUUUUGUACGGGAGACGACGCAGCGGAGGAACACGGAGAGGUGUAUAUUUUGGUAUAUUUUGCUAUAUUUCGGUAUAUUUUGGUAAAUUUCGGUAAAUUUCGAUAGCUGUGGUCACAUGACCCGGGAAAUAUUUUUCAUGAAAUUUGAGGAUUUUUUUGUCUUGUAAAGGAUUUAAAAUGCUUCUUUUGGAUCUUGUUGAGAUCAAAAUCGAUUCACUGUGGAAACAUCUGUGAUGUGUGUGUGUGUGUGUGUGUGUGUGUGUGUGUGUGUGUGUGUGUGUGUGUGUGUGUGAAACACACUGUUCUCUUUAAACUGAAUGUUUUGGACUUUUUUAACGUGUACAUGUUUAUGGUGUGUAUCGAGUGUGAGGCUACUAAUAAUGCUGGAAAAGUGUGUGUGUGUGUGUGUGUGUGUGUGUGUGUGUGUGUGUGAUGAUGAUGAUGAUGAUGAUGAUGUGAUUUAUAAUGUGAAUGUAAUGACUCUCACUGUAACACUAAACCCUGUCAUUAGUGUGUGUGCGUGUGUGUGUGUGUUGAAGAUGGCCGACUGUUCAAACUCGCUCCCUCUGAACCCCAUGAAACAAAAUCGUAGAGUUUCUGAGGGAUUUUUAUUGUCUUUUGUUUUUUUUUUAAGAUUUCCAGUAAAUGCAGAUCUGUUCAACACGUCUCCUGUCAACAAAACACAUUUCAAAAAUUCCUAAUAAAUUAUUUCAAUAUAA